AUGGGUGUACCAUUUUAUGGCCGAUACUGGCAUAAUGUUGGAGAUGCUGUUGAUCCCAGCGACGAUAUGUGGAGAACCGCAACCGCGAGCGAUGGGCAAACUAAGUUUGAGAUCAACUACAUCACAGAGCAUGACCUCGGAGGCGUAAUGAUUUGGGCAAUCGACUUUGACGACGACCAGCAAACAAUGCUCAGUGUUAUAAAGCAGAGCGAUCUGUGUCAACGAAGGCGGAUAAAGAAAAUGCAUACAAAAUGCUCACCAAUAGACGAGCAGCGUUGGUGGACAUACGACGAUGGCGAGGUAAGCAAAGUCAUUUUGUCGUGA